UUUGCAGAGUUACGUAGGUUGUCAACACUGGAAGACCGAAAGUUGCACUUUCUUCUAACUUCGUUCAUAGUAUUUGACAGAAAAAUGGAGAAUCUGUUGUUCUUUGAUACUUGUUGAAAACAUAAUAAUUAUUAUCGUUAACAUUUUUUUCUUCUAUAGAAAAUUUAAUAUUAAUGAAAAAUCGUGAAAGAAACCAAUUUUGAGAUUAUAUUUCAUCGAACAAAACUGUGUGCUUAUUAACAUUUAACAUACACACACACAACACACAUACACACAUAAUACUUUUAAAAUGAAGCCUUUAAUAGAAUUCGAGGAGUGUUUGCGAGACACACCAAAAUUUCGAUCUUGCAUAGAAGAAGUUGAGAACAACAUAGAUAUUUUGGAACAAAAACUAGACAAGGUAUUAAAGAACUGUAGCACAAUGAUUGAUACUGGAAAAGCUUUUGUCGGACAACAAAGUCAAUUUGCCAACAGCUUAUGGGACUUAUCGUUAUAUUUUAGUAACGAUCCUGAAAUAAUGGCAUUUUUAAAUAAGUUAAUACAUUCUAUGCAAGAAAUGAAUAAAUUUCACAGUAUAUUGUUAGAUCAAGCAUCUAGAACUAUCAUUAAAGAUCUGAAUAUAUUUAUGAAAAGCGAUAUCAAAAGGGUCAAGGAAACGCGUCAUUAUUUUGAGAAAAUAUCUACAGAUUUAGACAUAGCAUUAAACCGCAAUUCUCAAGUUCCAAAAUCACGACCCACGGAAUAUGAGGAAACUUCAAACAUUUUAUCAGCUACUCGAUCAUGUUUUCGUCAUACUGCUCUAGAUUACGUUCAUGCAUUAACGAUGAUACAAACACGCAAGCGACAUGAAAUAUUGGGCUCUCUGUUAACUUAUAUGCAUGCUUGUAUAACUUAUUACCAUCAAGGUAGCGAUCUUGGCCAAGACUUAGAUCCAUUUUUAAAAGAUCUAAGCGAAGAUCUUGUUAGAAUGAGAGAUGACUCAAAUAAACUUGAAAAGGAGAUGGAGAACAGACAUAUUUAUGUUACUAACAGAGAUUUAACUCCUUCGCCUAUACUUGGCAAUCCAAAAAUGGAAGGUUAUUUAUUUAAAAGAACGAGUAAUGCAUUUAAAACAUGGAACAGAAGAUGGUUCUGUUUGAGAGAUCAUCAACUUGUCUAUAGAAAACGAACUGGUGAUGACGAUUAUACUGUCAUGGAAGAAGAUUUACGUCUUUGUACCGUCAAACCUGUAGUAGAUUGCGAUAGACGAAACUGCUUUGAAGUACUAAGCCCAACCAAAAGUCAUAUGCUACAAGCUGAUAGCGAAGAAGCAUACCUAGCAUGGGUAACUGCCAUGCAACAAGCUAUUGGUGCUGCUAUUCAACGAGGAAUGGGUACUUUAUCUACUACUAGUUCGCAAGAACUACAGUUAAGAGAUAUUAAAUGUACACGACCACCACCUAAACCUAAAUCGAGAGUAUGGGAACAGCUAUUAAAAAUUUCUGGAAAUGAUAUUUGCUGCGAUUGCGAAGGAUCAAAUCCAAGAUGGGCUAGUAUUAACCUAGGCAUUACACUUUGUAUAGAAUGUUCUGGUGUACAUAGAAGCCUUGGAGUUCAUUACAGUAAAGUGCGUUCUUUAACAUUAGACGAUUGGGAGCCAGAAAUAUUAAAAGUUAUGGCAGAAUUAGGUAAUACUAUAGUAAAUAACGUAUACGAAGCAUUACCAAUUCCUCCGAAUAUGAUUAAAGCUACACCAAAGUGUAACAGUAACAUACGUGAAGCGUGGAUAAGAGCAAAAUAUGUUGAUCGUAUGUUCGUAAAACCUCUAUCUAAUAUUAUUACAAAUGAACAUUCACCUAAUCAAGAACAAAAACAUUUUCGUAAAUGGAGUGUUCGUAAACUACGCCGUAGACCACGCAGUUAUGAUCUUGAUUCUUUAAACCGAAAUAAGACUAUUUUGAAUUCUUCCAAGGGAGCUUUGUGUUCAAGUUCAGAUGAUAGUAAACAUACAUCAAUAGAAAGUUUAAAUUCUGUUGAAAAAUCAAUAUCGCAAAAAACUGAUACAGUUUCUAUAAAGUCUGAGAAUUCAAGUACCGAUGUAAAAAAUAGUUCAACCCUAUAUACAAAAAUAUUGACUCCAACGCAUAACGAUGUUAAUGAAAAUAACAGUCUCUGCAAAAUCAUUCAUUCGGAGUCAUCAUCAAGCAACGAAGAAGUACUUAAAACAGAUGUUACGAAAUUCGAAGAAAGUGUCAAUGUAUGUGAUAAUAUUACUUCUGAUAUAAACGAUACACCGAACAAUAAAAACAAUGGUUCGGAAAUACAAAAAACUGAGAAGAUUAUGCUAUCCGAUGUAUUGAUGUUUGGUUGUGAUUUACCAAAAUCAAUGAUAGAUGGUAGUUUAGAAUUAAGUUCCGAUCAAGAUUCAACUGCUGGGGAAGAUGAAGAGUUCGUCGAUGAAGAAGACAUUGAAAAUUUACAUUCCGAAAUGUUACUUUACAAAGCAGCGGCAGCACAUAAUUUACCUGUUAUGUGUGCUGCUUUAGCUGCAGGAGCAGACAAAUUGUGGUCAAAUUUUAACGAUAGAGGCCGUACUGCUUUGCAUCAAGCUAUAAUAAGUGGUUCUGUAAUGUCCUGCGAAUACCUUCUAUUAAAUGGUGCUCGUAUCAAUUGUCAAGAUGCAGAUGGAAAAACACCUUUAUACUUAGCUACAGAACUAGGACAUACGGCCCAAGUCUGUUUGCUAUUAAAACAUCGCGCGGAUCAACAUAUUGAAGAUGAAAGUGGUGUAAAGCCUUUGUCGAUUGCAGUAAAAGAAGCUAAUGCUGAUAUUGUUACCUUGUUACGACUUGGAUUGUUAAAUGAAGAAAUGAAAGAUUCUGAAAUAGGUGUUACCGGGGAUGAAACAUUUAAUGAUGUUGUGCGUGACUUUAGUCAAUUAGCUUGUUCGCAUCCAGAACGAUUACAACGACGAAAUGAAAGCAGCAAUAUUCCACAUACACCCGAAUGAAAAAAACUGAAGUUCCCAGGUGGAAAGAAUGGAUAUAUAAAAAAAACAAUUUGUCUUUCAGUUUGCAGGGUAAUGCAAGUAAAAUAUAGAAGAAAGCACGUAAGUAUAAAUAAAAUAUAAAUGUUUGUAUCUCCUACACAUUAAUAAGAAGAAAGUAACUAUGCAUAAAAAAGAAACCAAUGAUGAAUGACAAAUUAAUGAAUCGUUUAUAUUGGUACCUGAGAUUUUCAAAGCAUGUAAACAUAGAAAUGGGUAUCAAAUUUAUAUAAUAUCCGAACUAUUUUCUUUUUGAUUUUGUUUAAAUUAUAAAAAU